GGGGGGGGGAGCGGCGGCACCGACACCGGCACCGACACAGACACAGACACAGACACCGGCACCUCACCGGGCUCCGCAGCCUUCGCCCGGGAGCGGCAGCACGAGGAGGAGGACGAGGAGGAGGAGGGCGGAAAGCAGCGGGAGCGGUCGCGGGUCCCGCCGCGGGGAGCGGAGCGAGCGCGGGGCGGCGGCGGCUCCUCCAUCAUGUCGUCGGGCGGGGACUUCGGGAACCCGCUGCGGAAAUUCAAGCUGGUGUUCCUGGGCGAGCAGAGCGUGGGGAAGACUUCCUUGAUCACCAGGUUCAUGUAUGACAGCUUUGACAACACCUACCAGGCAACAAUUGGCAUCGACUUCCUAUCGAAAACCAUGUACUUGGAGGAUCGAACAAUCAGGUUGCAGCUGUGGGAUACCGCGGGGCAGGAGCGUUUCCGUAGCCUCAUUCCCAGUUACAUCCGCGACUCGGCCGCUGCCGUAGUAGUUUACGAUAUCACAAAUGUAAACUCGUUCCAGCAAACAACAAAAUGGAUUGAUGACGUCAGAACGGAACGGGGCAGUGACGUCAUCAUCAUGCUGGUGGGGAACAAAACAGAUCUAGCAGAUAAAAGACAAGUGUCCAUCGAGGAAGGAGAGAGAAAAGCCAAAGAGUUGAAUGUAAUGUUCAUUGAAACUAGUGCAAAAGCAGGAUACAAUGUAAAACAGCUUUUCCGACGUGUGGCAGCUGCCUUGCCUGGGAUGGAAAGCACACAAGACAAAAGUAGAGAAGACAUGAUUGACAUAAAACUGGAAAAGCCUCAAGAGCAGCCUGUCAGUGAAGGAGGCUGUUCCUGCUAAUCCCAUGUGGCUCCCACCUUUCUCCAGAACAUCACUGCUCCCCCUCCCUGUCCUCUCCAUUGACUGCAGUGUGAAUAUUGGCUUGAACCUCCCCCUUCCCGUGAUAACGUAUCCCAGUUCCUCAUCGCUGCCUGUCUCGUGGAGAUGAUUAUUGGCUUCACAAGCACACACACACACACACAGAGAAAAAUGUCAGUGUCUUCAUUAUUUAUAAGAAAAAAAAAAAAAGCCAAAAUAUCCCAGCGUAUCCUAGUUAUAACUUUAAAAAAAAUGGGGAAAAAAAAAAGAAAAAAAAAGAGACAAAAAUAGGUACAAUUUCUUAAUAUUUGUUCCUUUUUUAAUAUGUUAUGAUACCGCACUUUGGAAUGAGGGCAACCGAGUAAGUUUGGGAUUGGACUUAGAUGGGAUGUUAUGUGCAGAAGAAGGCUUGCAAAUCUGACCCAUUGGAGUUCUCUGAGGAUCUGGGAAUGCGUAGACAGCGGGAAUCGUGGGCAGAGGCGGCGCAUGCCGAGGGCUAAACGCUUCUCCUUGAUAAUCCAACAACAAAGUGAACCCAAGAUCUUAAUUCCCUUGAGCAGAGCGAGUCUGCCUGGUGUCCAAACCCCACCCCAGCAGGGCUUUGACACCACCACAGGCUGCUGGAGUUGGGAAUUCCACGUUUCCAAGGAAGCGUGCUGGGAAAUCCGGAGAGGGGCUCUCUGAGUGGGAUGAGUGGCUUCUGGAGGAUUUUUGGGGAGGGGAGGAAAGGGUGGAUGUGCAUUAGCAAAACACUUGCAGGAAACAGGGAAAUAAUGUUUCGAGUGCAAGAUGAGUUUUAAGAGCAGGUUUUUUUUUCCUUUGUAAGUAGAAAACAUGGAUGAAGUGAAUUAUUCCUGCCUGAGGGACAGGAACGGAAUGUUCCAGGUGUUUGGAGGAGGAAGCAUUUUGCUUCUUUUUCAUUUUCCUUUUUUUUUUUUUUUUUUUUAAGGGGAAAUAGUGAAAUCAGGACUGGCACUAAAACCUGUCAAAGCUGAUCGAAACCUUGGAAAUUUGGGAGAGAGAGGGAAGAGCAGGUGGCUGCCCCAGCAGAGAGGGAAUUGCUCCUGCUUUUCCAGAGCGUAGGUCGGUGGGGGAAGGGGGUGUUUACUUCGAUCCUACAGAAAUCUAGUUGAGACAACUUAGAUGGAAAGGGAGGGACUUGAGUAGGAUGGAAACCAACUUCUGAUUAUGCAGAUUUAUGCCUUUAUUUUUUAGCUUUUUGGGGUUUUUUUUAUGUUCAGUCUUCCGAGUCGGUUUAGUUCGGUUCACUAGAGCUGUAUAGUUUGGUUAAACAAGUAGCAAUUCAGUUUUCUAUUGAACUAAGCUUCCAAGUAACCAUUUUUUUUCUUUGGUAUUUAUUUCUUGGCUUAAUUUGUUUUUGUUUUUUUUUUUUUACUCUGUUCAGUACUGAUUUUGUGGGGUUUUUUUUUUCCUUUGGCUGAGGAAUCUGUUGUAGAGCUUUUGCUGGUGUUGCUGGAUGUAGCUCCCCGAGACCCACAGAAUGGAACACACUAGAAGUGCACCCUUUUAAUCUUUACUAGUUCAUUGUGAAGUUGCUGUGUAAGUUAAUAAAAAAACCACACCUGUAAAUACCUUGUUUGCUGGGCAGAUCUGGCCGAGUUGCAGGGAAGGAAUUCCUGAGUCUGGGUUGCGAUUGCUGCUUAGAAGGACAAUUGCCAGGGAAUAUUCAGGCUCCUCCUUGGUUCUCCUUGCCCUUUUCCCUGCCACUUAAAAUGGGGGAGAGGAAGGGAAAUCGUCCUCACCACCACUUCCCACCAGGAAACGGGCAUAAAAGAGUUGGAAUUCUUCAUUCCUGAGGGGCUCGUGCCCUGCCCUGGGUUUCUGGCAACUCUGCACAACAAUAACUCAAAGGCAGAACGAGAUGUAAAAGUGCUUUUCUAAUGCAAUAUUAAAGGCAUUAAAGGAGUUUUUUUGACGUGGCAUGUCUUGAAAUAAACAUCAAUGAUAUGUGACAAAGGACCAUUCUUUCUUUAAAAAGAACCUGUCUGGGGGAAGGAAACCUGGCUGCUUUUCCUGUGUUGUACUGUCCUUACCCGUGCAGAAAUGCCUCAUCCCGCUGCUUCUUCCUUGGCUUUCUUCUUCCUUUGGUUCUUCAUGCAGCUUCUCCUGGUCCUCAGUUGGCUGUUUCCCACCAGCACAUCCUUGGUUUUCUUGCUUCUGGUAGACCCAAGCCCCCUCUGCUUCCCGUGGUCCCAAGCUUUAAGCACUGGAUUUGCAAGGAGCUGGCUGAGCCCGGGGGUUUCCCAGCUUUUCCUGCAAGACCUGAGAGCAGGUUUGGCCAUGAUUCCCGCUAAACAAAGGUCUGGAGAGCAGCAUUCCCACAGCUCCCUGGGGCUGCAGGAACAUGGAUGAGGGUGUGGUUUGGCACUUCUCCACCACGGGGUCCCUGGGUGUGCUCAGGUACGUUCUGAUAGUCCUUGCUGUUAGUCCAGGCUUAACGUGCCCACAGCCCUAAUCCCAGUUCUCCAGAGAAAACACCCUUCCAAAGUGAGCACAGAAGCAACAUGAUCUUUAUUUUUUUUUUUUUUUUGCACCAUCUGGUUUCAGGUUUUAGUUUUCCUUUGCUCCUUGGGAACUGUGGGAACAGACCUUUCUAGUGCUGCCUUUGGUGUGAUUUUUGGAGUGAGGGUCUCGGCUCUGUUUCUUUUCCCCUCCUUGCUCUGCCCUGCUCAUUGUACAGCCCCAUCACGCAGCUUUUCCAUGCCUCACCUUUUGUCUUGAUAAAAGUAGUUGAAGAAAUUGUGUAAGGGGGUGGUGGGGGGGGAAAGGUUCCUUUUCUUCGUGUUGGAAUGUCACUGGUACCUCAGCUCUGUUUGAUAAUGGCGACGACGACAACAGAACAAAUCCUUAGCGCUUGAACUAAAUAAAUACCUGUCUCAUUGGAAA